CUCCUCUUCUUCCUCCUCCUCCUCCUCACACCCCUAACUCCCCCAACAAAUACAAACCCUAACCCUAACCAUUAGCGAUUAUCUCUCCAUUGGAGAAGUAGUAGGAGAGGAAGAAGAAGACGGGGGAGGAGGAUUUGUAGCAGUUUCCAGUUCCUUCUCCGCUUGAUCUCCUCACCCUUUACACUAAUUCGCCCCCCAUUAUCUAGGAAUUAAGCCUACCCAGAAGCGAUUUCGAUCCCUAGAGCCUGAUUCCGCAUCUUCCCUACCCCUAGUGUUGCCCGAUUUGGGUUCUUGCCCCCGCCGGCGGGGCAGCCGCAGAUCGGUGAGGGGUUUGGCCGUAGGGGAUCGGGGGAUCCCCGGCUUCGGUAGGGGGGUUUCGGAUUCCGCCUCCCGGUGGAUCUCCUUUGAUCUUCGGGUUGGCUUGUGAGGUUGGGAAUUGGUUGUGGUUGAGGAGGUUAUGGAAGAGGAUUGCACUUUAAAGGCCGUCUUCUUGGUUUCGCUCCAGUUCUCGAAUAGCUGCUCCGAGUGAUUGGUUUCUGAGAUUGUCGCGGGCUCAGAUCUUGCUUACUACUGGGUGGGUGUUAUAAGUAGGGGUUCUAUUUAGAUUGAGAGAAAAGGGUAUUUGGGUCUUGUAAAGCAUAGUUUAGUUGUCGAGAGCUUGAUUUUGGGGUGUUUUAUUGGUGAUUUUAGGGGUUGGGAGAUGAUUGUGAGGACAUGGUGCAUGGGCAAGUAUAUGAUUGGCUAGAGCUGGUGUACUGGAGAUUAGUACUCAUAGCUGAUCGAGGGGCCUCCAUUGUGCCAUGUCUCGCUGCUUCCCUUUUCCUCCGCCGGGAUAUGAGAAGACAUCGAAGCACGACCACGUAGAUAUAUUAGCAAAGGAAAAACACAAAGAGAAGAAGCAUAAGAAGGAAAAGAGGGAGAAAGAAAAAAGAGAAGGUAAGGAAAAGAAGGAGAAAGACCGUAGCAAAGAUAAGCACAAAGAGAAGAAAGAUCGGAAAGAAAAGCACAGAGACAAGAAAAAAGACAAGGACAAAGACAAGGACAAGGACAGAGAUAAGGAUAGAAGCAGGACGCCAUCUGAAAAAUCCCAAAAACUGAUUCAAGCUUAUCAUUACGACAAGCUUGGAGAGAACAAUCGCAAUGAUUCAGAAGUCAAGGAUUCUUCUAAGUUCACUGAUGAAUUGGGCCAGAGGAUCAGGGAUGAAGAAAAAGGGGCAGCAGAACGAAUGGUCAUUAAUAAUAACUUCACUAGUUCGACGCAAAGAGGCUUCGAGAUCUCCGGUGUUGCUUUUAAUUCGGAGAAGGAAGGGAUUUCGGGAAAUAAAAUGGUCCCAAAUUCUAUGGGACCUACUCUGCAAAGAAGGAAUGAUGGGCUGGGGCAAAAGGUUAAUAAUGUUAUUGUUUCUGUUCAAAGGAGACCUGAGAAGCCAGUUUCUGAAACUGCUUUUCAGAAAGGAGUUGCAGAAAAUAAAAUGGUCCCAAGUUCCAUUGGUACUACACAGAGGAGAAAUGAUGAUAUGGGACAGAAAAUUAGCAAUGUUUCUCUGCCUGUACAAAGGGUUCAGAUGGAAGGAGUUCCAAAUGAAAAGUUGCUUCAGGACCCUGGCAGUGCUGGGCAAAGAGGAAAUGGAGGGGCAGGCCGACAACUGGAAAACUCGACGGGCUUUAUACAGAGAAAAUCAGAGGCUCCUCCAAGUACAUCCAUGGCAGGGAUGGAGAGAGGCCCUAGUAACAAAAUUACCUCGAACCCCAAUGUCUUGGUUCAAAGAACAAAUGUUGGGUUGGGCCGAGCAGGAGAAAGUUCUUCCAGUGCAAUCCAUAGAAAAGUCGAUCACUUUGUUGUGGAUCGUGGGAGAAAUGAUGGUUCUGUCCAAUGUAUGGAGAAAAACACCCAAAGAAAAAUUGAGGAGAAAGAAAAGAGCAAAGAGAAAGAACCAAAUGAUGCAAAGAGACAGAAGGAUAAGUCUAGGGAUCGGGAAGAGAAGAAAAAGAAGAAAGAUAAGGAAAAACAUAAAGAUAAGGAAAAGGAGAAGGAGAAAAAAAGGGUGAAAGCCGAGCACAAACACAAAAUACAUGAUGAACCAAGAGAAAUUCUCUCUAAGAGUCUGCUUGAUAAUCUAAGUACAACAAAACCCUUAACCGUUCAAAAGGAUGGCAAGGACAACACAAUUGUUGGUAUAGAUGAAGGAAUAAAGAAGAGGAAGAACAUUGAGAUGAAUGGUUUCUUGCAUGAGUAUGAUAUGCCGCCUACCAAGUUCCCGAGAAUGGAGAACGGUAGAACAUUAGCACCAGCUCGUAUGGCUGGACCUGUUUCUUCCGUCAAACCGGUUCCCAUAAAUAGUAUUAAGGAGGAAAAACCAUUAGAAGUUAAGGGACAAACCACUAACGGCAUCGCGGAAGCUCAUCCCUCUUCAGCUGACUUGAGGCUUCUGGCUCCUCCCUCUGCUUCUGCUCCUAACAGUGAGAAUGGUGAGGUCUCAAAGAAACCUCCUCACCCAGAUUUGAAGUUUCUCGACAAAGUGUACUCUGUUCCAAAAUUGGAAGAAUGGCCCGAGUAUGAUGACCAGGAAUGGCUAUUUAGCGGCAGUCACCUUCAUUUGAAGCCAGGGACAAAGCGUGAGGCUGAUGAAACACCGACAGAGGUGUGGGCCGAGGCAAUGCGAAUUGAGCCAGAGGAUGUUAUUGCUUUGCCUUAUGUCAUUCCUUUCUGAUACCUCCUCCAAUUCCUGAAUAUUACUCUUGAAAUGGUGGUCUUCAAUUUCCCCCAAAGAUAUGAACAGCAUUGCAAGGUAGAUGGCUUUGUUUAUAUUGCUAUCGUUACUUGCUUGAUACUGUUCUUUCAGGUACAAAAGCUCUCGUACUUAUUGAUUGGUUGAUUCUUAGGCUAAUUCUGCAUGAGGUGGUGCCUAACCUACAUACUUGGGUAUGUGUGUUCUUUUUUCGAAGUCAAAUUUUAUGCGAGUUAUUUCGGGGAUAAAAUGCUUUUAUUUGUGCAUUAUUGGGAGCUGUUUAUGAAGCAGCAUCUGGGGAAGUUGAUAGAUCCUAUGAAGGUUAAUAUAUCAUACGAAUUUGAGUUCGUAAUGGAAGCAACGAGGAAUACUAAUCUCGCUGCACUGCCACACAAUUUUGAUUUGUAUUAUGUAAAUCUUUCUAUUACAAGAUGUACAAUAGAAGGGGAAAAGAGAAAAAAAAGAUCGAAAUGGUUGGUUGGUUAUUAUUAUUCAUUCACAUCUGUUCCGCUU